CUAAUUAGUAGCUACCAUUUUGCAAAAGUUUUUGCUCAACACGUGCUCGGCGCUUGAAUUUUAGAUUUUAAACUAUAUCAAAUAAUUGCAAUGGCAGAGGAAUCAUUCUAUGGUGUUACCCUCAGCGCGGAAAACAACAGCGUCACUUGGGACGUUGUAGCCGACGAGGACUAUGCACGAGGCCAGAAGCUGGUUAUCAAGCAGAUUCUGUUGGGCGCCGAGGCAAAGGACAAUGAAUUCAACGUGGUUGAGGUGACCACGAUGAAGGAUUCUGUACAGAUUCCCAUAGCCGUGUUGAAGGCUGGCGAGACACGAGCCGUCAAUCCCGACGUUGAGUUCUACGAAUCAAAGGUGACGUUUAAGCUAAUUAAGGGCAGUGGACCCGUCUAUAUCCACGGCCAGAACAUCAAGGACGACGUUGAGGUUGUGGAUAUGGAGGAGGAGGACGAUGAGGACGAUGGCGAGGACGAUGAGAUUGAGCAUCCAAAGAAGCGCGCCAAAAUCGAGCCCAACGCCGACGGCAAAAACGCCAAGAACCCGAAAAAGAAGUAAAUCGCAAGCAAUGAAGACGAGGAAGAAAGAAGUCUCUAAGCUAAAUCUGUAGAUUUUAAACGUGUUUUAGGCCCUAUAAACAAUAUACAAUUACAAUACAUAACAUAAAACCAUACGAUACGAUAUGUAAAACUUGCAACAUAUAUAUUACAACCUACUAUUUAGUUCCUUUCUCUGAGAUUCUUAAAAUCAGCAACAUUCAAUUCACGCACUAAAGUACUAUAACUACUGAUGAUGUAUACAGACGACCGACUAACACCUAUCCAAUAAGCCAAGUUAUGUAAACAGAAAACUGAACUCCAGCGACUAGUGGGCGCUCCUUGAAGAACAUAUAUUUGUAUAUAAGUACUUUACAAAACGAUUAUUACUUCAGUCCCAGAUGCGCCUUGAACGCUGGCCUCGAUUUUUAUACAUCAACAAAGGAAAUAAACAGAAACU